CACGUGGAGAAAUUUCUGGUCAUCGGUGGGAUUUUUUCAACUGUUAAAACAACCGCAAACAAGCUCGAUGAACGAUGGCAUCGAAGCGGAAGCCGCUGUCUGAGCUCAAUAUCAGCGACAGCACCGAUCAACCUAAGAAGAAACACGUUACGUUAUCCCUCGACCAGAAAGUACAAAUUCUGGACAGUCUGCUUUGUGGAUCGCAGGUUUCGACAGUCUCCAAAGAAUUUAAUAUUGCACGCACAACGGUGCUGAACAUCAAGAAACAGGAAGAGUCCAUCCGACUGGCUCACCAAAAGUUCCUAGAGAACGGUGUGAAAGAGCGGCGCACCGUUAAAACUGCCAAAUUGGUGACCUUGGAGGAUUGCCUGUUUGUGUGGAUUCUUCAGGAACGGCUGAAAAAGCAUAUCUUGCUUCCGGAUAUUGUCCGGGCAAAAGGCGAACAAAUGUUCCGAUCGUUGAAAGAGCAAGGAGUGUACGACGAGGAGCAAACUUUCACUGCAAGCAAUGGGUGGUAUGAUAGGUUCCGGAAGCGCUACGGAUUGAAGAUGGCUGGGAUCAAGGGCGAGUGUGCAUCGUCAGAUACCGCUGCCUUCGAAAAGUUCAAGGCCCGCUUGGUGCAACUGAUUAUUGAUAACAAUUAUGAGAAAUUUGAGAUCUACAACGCGGAUGAAUCGGCCCUUUUCGUGAAGUUGCUUCCGUCCCGCACAUUGAUUAUGAAUGACGAGGACAUUGCUGAAGGACGAAAAGUAAUUAAGUCCAGAGUGACCUUUAUGCCCUGUAGUAACAUUGACGGAUCGAAUAAGCUACCAUUGAUGUUGAUUGGAACCGCCGAAAAUCCUCGAACCCUGCCCAAGGAUAAGUCGUCCCUCCCGGUUUACUACAAAGGCUCGAAGAAGGCUUGGAUGAACAGAUUACUGUUCAAGGAGUGGUUCCACGGCCAGUUCGUACCAUCGGUGAGGAAGUUUUCCGCGGAAAACGGCCGAGAACCGCGCGCUCUGCUCGUCCUCGAUAACUGUUCUGCACAUCACGACGGAGGAGAUGUUCUAGAAAGCGACGACGGGAAGAUCAAGGUGAUCUUCCUGCCGCCUAACGUCACAGCUCUCGGACAACCAAUGGAUCAGGGCGUAAUUAAUGCUGUGAAAAAGAGGUACAAGAAAAAGCUCAUGCUGCAUUUGUUGCUCGAUGACCAGGAAGCACUGUUCGAGGACAGGUUGAAGAAUGUUUCACUACGACAGACGAUUGAUUGGCUGGAUCAAGCUUGGACAGAAAUUUCAUCUAAGACGAUCGAGGGGUCAUGGCGUAAGUUGUUCGACGAGUUCCCAACGUUUGUCUUGGACGUGGAAGACAAUGCUUCUUUGGAUCAAGACGUCUUGGCCCUUGUCCAGGACACCGCUCGGUUCUUUCCGGACGACCCUACCAACGACGAGAUUAAGGAUUGGCUUAACGACAAAGUGUGCGAUAAAAAUGGCAACUUAAUCGUAGGCGAUUGCGACGUCUACACGGACCAGGAGAUUAUCGACAGUGUUCUGGCCAGGGAUGAUAAGGAUUCAUUCGAUUUCGAUGAGGAUUGGCUGAUCGAAGAACCAGUUGAUGAAUCAAUCCUUGUUGAACGAUUCGACGAAGGGAGGGAAGAACAUCAGAAAUCAAUAGAAUGUGUUGAUUUUCUGAUCGCGCUCAUGGAUCGCAGGGAGGAUGCGGCGGAAUCAAUUCGUCUUCGUAGUCUCCGGAGCAAACUUGUUGAAACUGAGUGGCAGCGACGUCGCCGAGAGGAUUAG